AUGCAAUUUUCCGUCGUGGAGGUCCCUGACCAAUCGCUCUCGCUUCACUCCCAGGCACUUUCCACCAUAAUUGCGGCCCCGAGAAGCGAAAAUAGCCGCACAUGUGCAGAUCAUGGAGCAGGCAAUUUUCCGUCGUGGAGGUCCCUGACCAAUCGCUCUCGCUUCACUCCCAGGCACCCCGAGAAGCGAAAACAGCUGCACCUGUGCAGAUCAUGGAGCAGACAAUUUUCUGUCGUGGAGGUCCCUGACCAAUCGAUCUCGCUUCACUCCCAGGCACUUUCCAGCAUAAUUUCGGCCGCGAGAAGCGAAAACAGCCGCACAUGUGCAGAUCAUGGAGCAUGCAAUUUUCCGUCGUGGAGCCCCGAGAAGCGAAAACAACCGCACCUGUGCAGAUCAUGGAGCAGGCAAUUUUCCGUCGUGGAGGUCCCUGACCAAUCGAUCUCGCUUCACUCCCAGACACUUUCCAGCAUAAUUGCAGCGAAAACAGCUGCACCUGUGCAGAUCAUGGAGCAGACAAUUUUCCGUCGUGGAGGUCCCUUACCAAUCGAUCUCGCUCUACUGCGAGGCACUUUCCAGCAUAAUUCCGGCUCCGAGAAGCGAAAACAGCCGCACAUGUGCAGAUCAUGGAGCAGACAAUUUUCUGUCGUGGAGGUCCCUGACCAAUCGCUCUCACUUCACUCCCACGCAGUUUCCAACAUAAUUUCAGCGAAAACAGCCGCACCUGUGCAGAUCAUGGAGCAGGCAAUUUUCCGUCGUGGAGGUCCCAGACCAAUCGAUCUCGCUUCACCUCUAGGCACUUUCCAGCAUAAUUGCGGGCAAUUUUCCGUCGUGGAGGUCCCUGACCAAUCGCUCUCGCUUCACUCCCAGGCACUUUUCAGCAUAAUUGCAGGCACUUUCCAGCAUAAUUGCAGCCCCGAGAAGCGAAAACAACUGCACCUGUACAGAUCAUGGAGAAGGCAAUUUUCCGUCGUGGAGGUUCCUGACCAAUCGAUCUUGCUUCACUCCCAGGCACUUUCUAGCAUAAUUGCGGCCCCGAGAAGCAAAAACAGCCGCACAUGUGCAGAUCAUGGAGCAGGCAAUUUUCCGUCGUGGAGCCCCGAGAAGCGAAAACAGCCGCACCUGUGCAGAUCAUGGAGUAGGCAAUUUUCCGUCGUGGAGGUCCCUGACCAAUCGCUCUUGCUUCACUCCCAGGCACUUUCCAGCAUGAUUGCAGCCCCGAGAAGCGAAAACAACUGCACUUGUGUAGAUCAUGGAGCAGGUAAUUUUCCGUCGUGGAGCCCCGAGAAGCGAAAACAGCUGCACCUGUGCAGAUCAUGGAGCAGGCAAUUUUCCAUCGUGGAGGUCCCUGACCAAUCGAUCUUGCUUCACUCCCAGGCACUUUCUAGCAUAAUUGCAGCCUUGAGAAGCGAAAACAACCGCACAUGUGCAGAUCAUGGAGCAGGCAAUUUUCCGUCGUGGAGCCCCGAGAAGCGAAAACAGCUGCACAUGUGCAGAUCAUGGAGCAGACAAUUUUCCGUCGUGGAGGUCCCUUACCAAUCGAUCUCGCUCUACUCCCAGGCACUUUCCAGCAUAAUUACGGGGAGCAGGCAAUUUUCUGUCGUGGAGGUCCCUGACCAAUCGCUCUCGCUUCACUCCCAGGCACUUUCCAGCAUAAAUGCAGCCCUGAGAAGCGAAAACAGCUGCACCUGUGCAGAUCAUGGAGCAGGCAAUUUUCCGUCGUGGAGCCCCGAGAAGCAAAAACAGCCGCACAUGUGCAGAUCAUGGAGCAGGCAAUUUUCCGUCGUAGAGGUCCCUGACCAAUCGCUCUCGCUUCACUCCCAGGCACUUUCCAGCAUAAUUGCGGGUCCCCCCGAGAAGCGAAAACAGCUGCACCUGUGCAGAUCAUGGAGCAGACAAUUUUCCGUCGUGGAGGUCCCUGACCAAUCGAUCUCGUUUCACUCCCAGGCACUUUCCAGCAUAUUUACGGCCCCGAGAAGCGAAAACAGCCGCACAUGUGCAGAUCAUGGAGCAGACAAUUUUUUGUCGUUGAGGUCCCUGCCCAAUCGCUCUCGCUUCACUCCCAAGCACUUUCCAGCAUAA